AGCACGAUGAAUGGGGCUAUCGUUCCAACCCCAAAAGCAAAAAGAAAGAAGAUGAGGAAAUAAAGUUUGAGUUCUUCGCUUUUUAUUAAGACAGUCAUAUCUCCUUCUUAGCUUUGUUGAUAUUUGAAACACGCCUUUAGACAUAGUUUCCUCUUGUUUUAGGAGCAACAGCUGCCCGAUAGAGACUAGUUAGCCUCAAAGCUAGCGGUCAAGCUAACACUAUGAACAAGAAGCAAACAGUUUAGUUUUAGAGAAAAGGGGGCAAAACCGACUGUUCACGGACAUUACUGGAGGCUAACUGGACUCUGCACUGCUAGCAUCUGCUUCUCGGACGACAUUUUUACGGUCUUCCGCUCCACCAUGUCCACUUUUAGUUGGGAGGUUGUUGCUGAACGGUUUCUUGUUCACCAAGAGAUAAACUCCAGUCCAAACGCUCUAGAGAUGAAAGAGGAGCAGGAGGAACCGGAACCUCGACCAGUCAAAGAAGAACAGGCUGAACUUCACGUCUCUUCGGAGGAAAAGCUGCUUGUAGUGAAGCUGGAGACUGACUCCUUCACAGUGACCCCUGCUGGUGACGACAUGAUAAAGGAGGAACCUGAGCCUGUAAUGGUUAAAGAGGAUGAAGAGCAGCUUGUAGUGAAGCAGGAGACGGAGAGCGUCAUGGUGACUCCUGCCAGUAAACCAGAACUGAACCAAAACCUACUCCUCCCUGAAAGCAUUUAUGAAAAUGAGAACCAACUUCAACAAGGAAACAAUCAGAAAGACGCACAUAAAGUGAAAAAGUUGACGUCACGGAAGAAAAAGUCGUUUUCCUGUGAAAUAUGCAGUGAAAGUUUCACUCAGCUUCGAUACCUGACUGUUCACCUGAGGACUCAUAAAGAUGGGAAACCUUUCCAGUGUGCCAUCUGCGGAAAAGGUUUCACCAAGCAGAGCAACUUGACCGCCCACAGGACAAUUCAUACAGGGGAGAAACCCUUUCCCUGUGAACUGUGCGAUAAAUCUUUCAGGACCAACGGUCAGUGGGUCAGCCACACCAGGACUCACAUAGGGGAGAAGACCUUUCCGUGCCCGACUUGUGGAAAAUGUUUUACCCAUAAAAACACACUCAACAGGCACGUGCAGAUUCACUCAAGUGGGAAAUCUUUGUCAUGCCUGACAUGUGGAAAACUUUUUGCCAGAAAGACUACCUUGAAUGUUCACGAGAGGAGUCACACGGGCGAGAAGCCGUAUAUCUGUAAAGUCUGUGGCAGUUCUUUCAAUUAUAGCUGGCAUUUGUCUAAUCAUGAAAUGAUUCACACAGGCGAGAAGCCAUUCUCAUGCGCGACCUGUGGAAAGAAUUUCAGGGAGAAAGGAAGUUUAAAAACACACAUCAGAGUUCAUACGGGUGAAAGACCUUUUGUCUGUCGCGUUUGUGGAAAAGGUUUCGCUCAGAAAUAUAAUCUGACGGUUCACAUGAGGACUCACACAGGAGAGAAGCCAUAUUCAUGCAAAGCAUGUGGUAAAUGUUUCAGUGACAACAGUCAUUUCAGGCAACACAUAAGAUCUCGAAAAGAUGAAAAGCAUCUUGCGCUGAUCACUUUCCCAUUUCCGACGGGACCUCCAGUCUUGGUUCAACGGACUAAAUGUCAAGCAAUGAAGGAGGAGCAGUCGGAACCAGAAUCCCAGCCGAUGGCGACGAUGAGCAGAGAUCCAGAAUCUCAGUCCGUCAAAGAAGAAGCAGGAGAGUUUCGCCUCUGUCAGGAUGAAGAGAAGCUUUUAGUUAAGCAGGAGAUAGAAACGGUUUUGGUGACUUCUGCCCAGGAGGACGUCGUUAACAAUGUACCGCAACUGGAGCAGAUGAGGGAGACUGGUGAGCAGGUUAAAGAGGAACCAGAACCGGUGCUGAUUAAGGAGGAACAGGAUGAAAAGUGGCUUGUAGUGAAGCAAGAGACUAAAGAAGAGGGUCAACCAGAACCAAACAAAGCUCAACUUUUUUCUGCAAAUUCUCCUGAUGGUGAGAACCAAGAGCAAGGAAACAACCUGGAAGCCUUGGGAGAUAAAGAGUCGAAGCCGAAAAAGAAACGGUGUAAAAAGAACCUGCCUUCCUGUGAAACAUGCGGCCAAACGUUCACUCAACUUCGAUACCUGACAGCUCACCUGAGGACUCACAAAGACGGGAAGCCUUUCCAGUGUGCGACCUGCGGAAAAGGUUUCAACAAGCAGAAUAACUUGACUGUCCACAUGAGAAUUCACACGGGAGAGAAACCCUACCCUUGUGAACUGUGUGAUAAAUCCUUCAGAACCACCAGCCAGUGGGCCAGCCACACAAAAAUCCACAUCGCUGGAAAUCCUUUCCGAUGUGAGACGUGUGGGAAAACCUUCACCAAGCAAAACAACCUAACCAAACAUGAAAGGGUUCAUACGGGCGAGAAGCCCUAUCCUUGUGAACUGUGUGAUAAAUCCUUCAGAACCACCAGCCAGUGGGCCAGCCACACAAGAACCCAUACAGGCGAGAAGCCCUGUUCCUGCUCAACUUGUGGAAAAGGUUUCUCCAGACGCUACGACUUGAACGUCCACAUGAGAACCCACACGGGCGAGAAGCCUUUCUCGUGUCAUAUUUGCGGGGAACGUUUCAUCAGGAAGAUCACCUUCAACUUUCACGUGAGAGCUCACACGAAGGGGAAGCCCUUUGCCUGCGAGGUCUGCGACUCGUCUUUCAACUACAGCUACGAUUUGGCUCGUCACAUGAGGAUUCACACGGGCGAGAAGCCAUUCCCGUGCCUGACCUGUGGGAAAACCUUCAGGGAGCGAGGAAGUCUGAACGGACACAUCCGAAUUCACACGGGUGAGAAGCCGCAUGUCUGCAUAGACUGUGGGAAAAGUUUCGCUCGAAAGCACAACUUGACUAUUCACACGAGAACCCACACAGGCGAGAAGCCAUAUUCCUGCGAUAUAUGUGGAAGGUCUUUUACUGACAACACUAUACUGCUCAAUCAUGUCAGAACCCACUCAGGUGAAAAGUCUUUCUCAUGUCCUUAUUGUGGUAAAAGUUUCACCAAGAAAUACACAUUGACUGUCCACAUGAGGACUCACACAGGCGAGAAGCCGUUUUCCUGCGAGUCGUGUGGGGAGGCCUUUAUUUCCAGAGGCAAACUGACUAAACAUGCGUUUUGGAGCAGCUCCAGUGUUGACCUCAAAGAACCAACAACCACAGAGAUGAAAGAGCAACGGCAGGAAGCAGAAAACCAGCCGAUGACGGGGAUAAAAGAAGAAACAGAACCUCAACCAGUUAAAGAGGAACAUGUUGAGUUGUCCAUGUGUAAGGAUGAAGGACCAUUGGUGGUGAAGCAGGAGGCCAGCAGCUUCAUGGUGAAUCCUGCACAUGAAUCAGAGCUUCAGCAGACGAUGGACACUAAAGAGGAACCAGAACCUGUAGAGGUUAAAGAGGAGCUCUGCAGUGAUCACACUGAAGAUCAGCUUGUAGUGAAGCAGGAGGCUGAGACCUUCAUGGUGUCUCCUACUUGUGAGCAAAAAGACAACGGUGAACCAAGCAAGAACCAAUGGCGGCAAGGAAGCAACCAGAAAGACUCCGGAUCAAGUGGAGAAAAAGAUCUGAAGCCAGACAGGAGACAUCAGGACACCAGAAAUCACAGGGACGAUGUGGACAAGUCAAAAUCAAAGACACAAAGAAAAAAGCUGCCCACUUGUGAAAUGUGUGGGAAAAGUUUCACUCAGCUCAGGUACCUGACUGCUCACCUGAGAACGCACACAGGUGGGAAACCAUUCAAAUGUGCGACCUGUGGAAGAGGUUUUAUUAAGCAGAAUAACCUGACUAAACAUGUAAGGAUUCAUACGGGUGAGAAACCGUACCCCUGUGAAUUCUGUGAUAAAUCCUUCAGAACCAGCAGUCAGUGGGACAGUCACACUAGAACCCACACAGGCGAGAAGCCCUUUUCCUGUCCCACUUGUGGAAAAUGCUUCUAUAGGCGCUUUGACAUGACCAUCCAUGUGAGAACCCACACAGGAGAGAAGCCGUUUUCAUGUCAGAUAUGUGGAGAGCGAUUCAUCAGAAAGACCACCUUUAAAGUCCAUGUGAGAGCUCACACAGAGGAGAAGCCGUAUGCCUGUACGGUCUGCGGCUCGGUCUUCAGGCUCAGCUAUGAUCUGGCUCGUCACAUGAGGAUUCACACGGGCGAAAAGCCGUUCUCAUGCCCGACCUGCGGGAAAUGCUUCAGGGUGAGAGGCAGUUUAAAUGAACACCUGAGAGUUCACACAGGUGAGAAGCCUCAUCCGUGUUUGACCUGUGGAAAAAGUUUCACCCGGAAGCGUAAUCUGACGAUUCACAUGAGAACCCACACAGGCGAGAAGCCGUUUUCUUGUGAUGACUGUGGUAAAUCCUUCUCUGACAACACUGUGCUGAUCAACCACAUGCGAACCCACACAGGCGAGAAGCCCUACUCAUGUCCUGUAUGUGGAAAAAGUUUUGCUAAAAGAUACACCCUGACGGUGCACAUGAAGACCCACACACGUGAGAAACCAUUUUCCUGCCAGUCAUGUGAUGAGGCUUUCACAUCAAGACGUAAACUGACCAAACAUGUCUGCAGUUAAUUCCUAGUAUACCUGCAAACACUAGCAUAAUGAAUAAAACACUCAGUCCUUUCUGUGCUUGGAGUGCUGCUGCCAUCUGCUGGACAAAUUAUACCCAGAGGAAGAUUUACUGUAGAAUCUGAGAUGUUUCUGGUCUUCUCAGAUGCUGAUGAUUUUCUUAUUUCAUUUCUUCGUUGUUGGAAGAAAUAAUUCAUGUUUUUUUUUUUUUUUUUUUUACCAUACUUAUUGAAGUCAUGACUUUGCUUCCAGAUGCGUUUGACUAAACAUCAUGUUUCCUAAAGACUCUUCACUCUUCAUUCAACAUGAUCUGAGCCAUUCUGGUACAAGUCUGAUUGUUUUCAAAGCGUCUGCAGUCUGAAGGGUCAGGUCACAUUUUAGCUGUCCACAUUGAAGUCUCGCUGCAGUUAAAUUAGCAGCACAAACGACCAGGCAAAAAAUAAAAAUAAAUCAUAUUUCAGCAAAAAUGUUGAAUUGAGCACCAAGGCCUGCUGUGUGAAUGCAGCCUUUGUUGAAUUUCAUGAGCCUGAACUGUUUGUGCUUUACCAGAUUUCAAACUGAUCUCUUUGUGGCACAAUAUUUGUGCUGUAAUUCCUGUAAAUAAAUGAAAAAUGUAGCAUUUUGCCUGCACUCUGAUUUCUCCCUUUGCAGAGAUCAAGGACUGGGAAGGUUUUAGAAUCAGAGGUUGUCCAAUCAGCUAGGAGCUGAAAGUAUCCGGUCUAGGACCAGCUUUAUUUUUAUUAAAAAUAAUAUUUCAUGCAAAAUUGUCCAAAAGCACACACACACACACCUGCUGUCUUUCACACAAUCCAGUGGACACAACACAUAAGUUCUUUUUUUUUUAUUUAUUGGGAAUUUAAUAUUUUUUUCUUCGUCUGUCUGCAAAAGAUGUGAAUUUAUUUCAUCUCCAACUUACAAACACAUUACAGGAGAAAAGUAAAACUAAUCUCUGAGUUAUUUUGGCCUCUAAUGCUCCUGUGGAGGCCGACCAGACGCACAUUAUUAGUUUGCAAUUUAAAUUAUUUCAUAAUGACACUUAUUUAAUUAGUGAGCAUUUCUCACCAGCAACAUUUUACCCAGGAGGUAAAACAAAGACUUCUUUUGCUUUGCAUUGUUCCCACCUGAUGACAGACAAGAUUAUAUUCCUGAUGAAUGUUUGUGUUAUUCAGCCUGAUGUAAGUUAUGUUGCUAUUUUGUUUUAAAAUCUUGUUUUAUGUUUUUCUGUUUAGCUUUGAGCACCUAAAGGUUGUUGCUUAUUUCCCUACAUUAAGUCAUAGUGCCUGUUAUGCUGCUUAAAAAUAAAUGUAUUUUCCAUUUGGUACUUGA